UUACCUGCUUCUUGGCGGCCGUGACUGUCAUCGACGCCUAGAGAAGAGGAGGCUGAGGAAAUGGCAGCAGCAGAGCCAAGUAAACAGUGGGUUGGAAGGAGAGGCGUGAAACACUAAACGCGUACCGAGCUGCAGUCAACGGCACCGUCGAAAAAUUACCGGAUUGUUUCCUGGGGCGGACUGUACUGUGAGCCGUAUGUCGUUCAGAGAUCACGGAGGAAGUAAAGCCCCCGUCUGAGUCUUCGCGUCAACUAGCAGAGUCCCUCGACUGCGGUGACCCGGCAUGUGACGGAGUUACUUACCAGCGCCAGGCAUUGUUUUUUGGGGUGAGGCAGCCAUACCGCGAGGUCUCCAUUCAAACAGACGCCCCCCCAAGGCCCGCUUCCUUCUCGUCUCGUCUCCGUGAAAAGCUCGCGUUUACGAGGCACAUGUGUCCAGAGGGAAGACGGCCGGCCAGGCUUUCCAGAGAGCGGCUUUAAGUUGCCCGUCUUACCGGGAGAAGCUUGUUUCAAGGUGUGGCUGCUGACUCCACCGUACAGGGGAAAAUGUCCGAAAAUCAGGGCAACGCGAACAACGUCCCAAACAACCACAACAACGGAGGAGGUGCAGGAGGAGGGGGUGCGGGAGCAGGGAACCGCAUGAGGAACCCCAACAUGAACCAAAAUCCUCUCAUCAACGUCCGCGACCGCCUGUUUCACGCUCUCUUCUUUAAGAUGGCAGUCACCUACGCCCGGCUCUUCCCGCCUUCAUUCCGGCGGAUUUUUGAGUUCUUCGUUCUGUUGAAGGCCCUGUUUGUGCUUUUCAUCCUGGCUUACAUCCACAUCGCCUUUUCCCGUUCUCCCAUCAACUGCCUGGAGCACGUCCGCGAGAAGUGGCCCCGUGACGGAAUCCUCCGGGUUGAAAUACAGCGCAAUUCAAGCCGCACACCCAUUUUUCUGCAGUUUUAUGACACGGACAGCUUUCAGGGUCUCCUUCAAGAACCAGAAGGCAACCUGCGGGCUGAAGAGGAGGAGGAAGAGAUGACCAUGGACAUGUUUGACAACAGCUCCAUUCAUUUUGAGCUGGAUAUUGAGCCCCGGUUGAAUCCAUACGUGAGCAACAGCAGGAGGAACAGCAUAGAUGCGGUGGCAGUUGAUGCUGGGGCCCACAAUGACAGUCAAGACAUCUCAUUCACUCAGGCACCAAGUAAAGUGUGGCCUCAGGAAGAGUACAUUGUGGAGUACUCUCUCGAGUAUGGAUUCCUGCGACUGUCGCAGACCACCCGGCAAAGGCUCAAUAUUCCUGUCAUGGUGGUUACCUUGGAUCCAAUGAAGGACCAGUGCUUUGGUGAUGGCUUUAGUCGCUUCCUACUUGAUGAGUUUCUGGGUUACGAUGACAUAUUGAUGUCAAGUGUGAAGGCCUUGGCUGAAAAUGAAGAAAACAAAGGGUUUCUUCGGAAUGUGGUUUCAGGGGAACACUACCGUUUUGUCAGCAUGUGGAUGGCCCGUACUUCUUACCUGGCGGCCUUUGUCAUCAUGGUGAUAUUUACACUCUCCGUAUCCAUGUUGCUUCGCUAUUCACAUCAUCAGAUCUUUGUCUUCAUAGUGGACUUGCUGCAGAUGCUGGAGAUGAACAUGACAAUUGCAUUCCCUGCUGCUCCUUUACUCACUGUCAUUUUGGCUCUUGUCGGAAUGGAGGCCAUCAUGUCGGAGUUUUUCAACGACACCACUACUGCCUUCUACAUCAUCCUUAUUGUGUGGCUGGCUGACCAGUACGAUGCCAUCUGUUGCCACACAAACACCAGCAAGCGCCACUGGCUCAGGUUCUUCUAUUUGUAUCAUUUUGCUUUUUACGCGUACCAUUAUCGAUUCAAUGGACAAUACAGCAGUUUGGCGCUCGUCACUUCCUGGUUAUUCAUACAGCAUUCGAUGAUUUACUUCUUCCACCACUAUGAACUUCCUGCCAUACUGCAGCAGAUUCGAAUUCAGGAGAUGUUGCUUCAGAGCCAACAGGCCGGACAGGGCAACCAGACAAGCCUUCAGGAUAACCUGAAUAACAACACUACGAACGGCAGCACGGGGGGGCCUUCGAAUGGCCAGCCACGUCCUCUGAGAGAGACCCCACCACACCUUAAUGGUUUAGUCAGUCCAGGCGCCGGAGGAGCGGCUGGCAACUCUGUCCAAGACAGUGACUUGGAUUGGAGGGCUGAGACUGCAGCCAUCAUCACUGAGGCCCUGUUUGCGCCACAGCUAGAGGGAGCUGUUCUUGAGCCUGAGCCAGUGGCGGCUGUGACCAGCAUGGGGGGCCCUUCUAAUACUAUGUCUAGCAUGAGUGUGGUGAUGCACCAGCUGGUGCACAGCGAGGACUCGGCAGGAGAUGACAGCCGGGCUGGACAGUCCAGUCCAUUGCUUACUGCACAGGAAGCCGAGGCGGUGGACUUGCCGUCCCUCAGCACCUCACAACUCACGCACCCUCAUUCCGAGGCUGCGUCGUCUCCAACAGAAUCCUCUCGGGAGCUAACGGAGGGCGAUGGGGACUGUGGAAAAGCCAUCUCUCAGACUCUGCCAGUACCGCCCGGUUGCACCGAUAGAAGCCCGCACCCCGCGGCACUCGAACAACGGGCCCCAGACUGGAUCCUUAGAGACGCAGCCACCGGCGCCCUGCCUGACCAGCAGCAACACAGUCCAUCAUGAGCCUUCGCAGAGCUCUGAACGGAUGGACGCCUGAGACACUAGCUUUUCUUGAGAGAGGGAGAACGCGGAGCGCGCGAGGAAGAGGGUGGUAGGAGGACCGACCUACGCCUUCUCUUCCUGUCCAUUUAUUAGGGAGACGAGAGAGCCAGAGUGAAAGAGAACUUUUAAUUCUUUUAAAGCAAAUUAUGUCUGUUCCUCAAGUGGGUGACAGUUGGAUAUUUGGGCUGUGUGAAAGGUAAGAAGAGUGCACUAAUGUAGAAAAAAAUAGCGGAAGAUGUCUCCGACUGUGGAAUACCACAUCGUGAUUUAAAUCUAUGUGAUUUAUUAUUAUUUUUCCUUCACUCACAGGUCCAUUUUUUUCACAAUUAAAUAAAAUCAGACUUAACCAAUCAAUCUUGCAUCAAACGGCCACCCCAGACAGGAAAACUAAAAUGGAUGCAGGUGUUUCCUUUUCUUGCACCAAAAAGACAAGUCAGGCCAUUUCCCUUUCCUGCACUUCAGUAAAUAAAUAAAAUGAUUAACUGCAGUAAAAAAAAAAAGAAAUGUGGUAUAGGGUUUGGCCAUCGGGCAUUGUGAGCAGAGUGAGGACGUGGCGGGUCAAUCUCGUUUUUCACACGGGCAGACAUCCUCUGAAAUCCAAGCUGUUUUGUUUUAUUACUAAUGGUUGGUUGUUAAGCAACUUCUUGUGAAUUCGCCUGCCAUGUUGGUUGAUCUCAUGAGCCUGACACACCCUGCGUGUUUUUCUGUUCCGCUCGUUCGUCUCUAAUUAAGGCCUCGUGCGACCGGUAAUCCAGCAGCCGAUUCCUCAUGUCGCCUCCACCCCGUAUGCAGGUGCUUGAUGUUUAUUUCGCACACCUUUGUGUUUAAUUGCAGUUGUUGUGCUCUGCUGGGAGGCUGACGACCGACUCGGACUCCGCUUCAACACUUGGCGCACGUAUUUGUCCCAUCGUUUUGCAUUUGGCCGAGUUGAGCCUCUUGGUGAAGAUGAGAGUCUCGGUAGAUGGGCGGCGCUUGCUUGAGAGAUGCCACUCGCUCACAGGGUGUCGUCACCGUAGUUAAAGGGUGACUUUGACGUCUUUUUGUGGCCCCGAGUCUCAAUGCGGCCUUGGAAAAUGGCAGGUCUGAGGGGAGAGGCAGCACACGACGUCUUCCCCUCGGCCUUUCAAUGUUUCGGUUUGAUUCUGCACUUUUGGAGGAGCCUCAUACGCCCCCCCAGCUUGUUCCAUUAUGCACACCAUCAGCAUUUUCACUAUGAAACCAGUUUCUUAACUGGGGGUCUUUGAGCUUAACCUGUCUGUGUAGACCUUAGAGAAGUGGCACCUUCCUUGGCGCCCUAACUGUGUUGCAUUAACAAGAAGUUCAUUUUUAAGUCAACUGUGCAAACUAAGCUGUAGUCGCUACCAGAAUAUUAUUAUUGGGGGGUUCAUGUUGGGCGUGCGAGGGUAGGAAGGAUCACGUCCUGCCUGUGGUAGAUGUGAAGGAAGGUGGUGGGAGCAACGACCCAGGGCUCAGUGUCCCACCAGCCAAAAACCGUGUGUUUGCAGGAGGACAGCCAGUCUCACCGUUUCCCCUUCGUGUUGAUGUCGUCCUUCAGAUCGCCAGUUUCCUUCCUGUUGUUGUUUUUACCCUCUGAGGGGAGUUUGCUAUGCAGCAGGUACCUUCACCUCUACUGAGAUGAGUGCAAUAUUAGGACAUGUCACUAUGUGGGGUCUUAGUUCAUCAGGGAGACAGUUCUAGAACUUAGCAGCAGGUGUUGUGAAGUGUUUUUAAGCCCUGAUGCAGGGAGACAUGCAUCUUGAUCUUCUCUGUAACAUAAUAAGCAAAGUUUUGUACUUCUACGAGUUGUUCUUGUGUCUCUUUUUGUUUUUUCGUUUUUGUUUUUUUUUGCUUUGCCCACCGUUUCACUUCGGUGCUUCUGUCUAAAACAAUGUCUGCUUCAAUUAAAGGCUUGAAAUGAAGACCUAAACGGAGUCCGGAUUGACGUGUCGCUGUGCUUUCUUCUCUGUCUCUCCCUUUGGAUCUGUCAGUGAGGUACGAGUUUACACCCCAAAAUGGCGGUUGCCUUUCAAGUUUUCAUUUUGUUAAACCUGUUUGUCUAAGGCUGUGUCGACUCUACCACUUUUUCAUUUACAAAUGGCGUUUUUAAACUGACACCGUCUGCACCGGCCUCUUCAUAUCGUAUGUCUGCCCACACGACUGGAAAAGCGUAUGACGUAGCCGUUCACUUACCCUGGACGUUCACACGUCGGCAGAAAUGAGAAGAGAAAAUGUCCGCCUUGAAGUGAUGGUUAUGCUGCCGGCCACCGGAUUCAUCUCAGAAUUGUAACGAUCUGUAAAUUAUUUGCCGUUUGCACUCAAAAUGCAAAACACAAGAAACUCCGCUUGUGGAGAAAACUUUCCUCGAUUUUCAAAGAAGUCAAAUGACAGGUGGUGUUGAUUCAUGGAAAAAAAAAAAAA